GGGAAUUCGUCCUGAGAGUGGAAUCCGGGACUGAUGAGAGCUGGAGCGAGAGGUUAGGAAUCUGAAGUAAAGAAGAGAUCAGAAUGUCUUCCAGAUGGUCUGAAUAUACAAUUGGUGGGGUGAAGAUUAGCUUUCCUUGUAAAGCCUACCCAUCACAGCUUGCUAUGAUGAAUUCUAUCAUCAGAGGAUUAAACUGUAAGCAGCAUUGUUUGUUGGAGAGUCCGACGGGAAGUGGGAAAAGCUUAGCCUUACUUUGUUCUGCUUUAGCGUGGCAGCAAUCUCUUAAUGCCACCCCAUUGGAUGACAGCUUAAGUAAAAAAGGUGAAGUGCCAUUGUCAUGUUGUUGUAUGUGCCAUUCCAAGAAUUUCACAAACAAUGAUGUAAACCAAGGAACUUCACAUCAUUUCAACAGUCCAAGUACACCUCCUCGUGGAAGAAACGACACUUCAUCAGCUUGUCAAGCUUCUCCUGAGAAAACUACACUGGCUGCAAAGCUCUCUGCUAAGAAGCAAUCAUUCAUAUACGGAGAUGGAAGUGAUGAUUUUCAAGUAGAGAAGAAAAGAAUUCGACCUUUAGAAACAACACAGCAGGUUAGAAAACGCCAUUGUUUUGAAAAAGAUGUACACCAUUUGGAUGCAAAAGUUUCCUCAGGAAAGGCCACAAAACUCAACUCUCCAUUAGGAAAAGUAGACUCCUUUUCUCCACAACAUUCCCCUGGUUACUGUUCAAGGUGCUGUUGUUCUACUAAACAAGGAAACAGUCAGGAUUCUUCAAAUACCAUUAAGAAGGAUCCUGGUGGGAAAUCCAAGAUACCCAAAAUAUAUUUUGGAACACGCACACACAAACAGAUUGCUCAGAUUACUAGAGAGCUUCGAAGGACAGCAUACUCAGGGGUCCCGAUGACUAUACUUUCCAGCAGGGAUCAUACUUGUGUUCACCCUGAAGUUGUAGGUAACUUUAACAGAAAUGAAAAGUGCAUGGAGUUGCUGGAUGGAAAAAAUGGGAAAUCCUGCUAUUUUUAUCAUGGUGUUCAUAAAAUUAGUGAUCAGCACACAUUGCAGAAUCUCCAAGGAAUGUGCAAGGCCUGGGACAUAGAAGAACUAAUCAGCUUGGGGAAAAAAGUAAAAGCAUGUCCGUAUUACACAGCACGUGAACUAAUAGAAGGCGCUGACAUAAUAUUUUGUCCCUACAACUAUCUUCUAGAUGCACAAAUAAGGGAAAGUAUGGAUAUCAAUCUGAAGGAACAGGUUGUCAUUUUAGAUGAAGCUCAUAACAUCGAAGAUUGUGCUCGGGAAUCUUCAAGUUACAGUAUAACAGAAGUUCAGCUUCGGUUUGCUCGGGAUGAACUAGAUAGUAUGGUCAACAGCAAUAUAAGGAAGAAAGACCAUGAACCCCUACGAGCUGUGUGCUAUAGCCUCAUUAAUUGGUUAGAAGCAAAUUCUGAACAUCUUGUGGAAAGGGAUUAUGAAUCAUCCUGUAAAAUAUGGAGUGGAAGUGAAAUGUUGUUAAAUUUAUACAAAAUGGGCAUCAGCACAGCUAAUUUUCCCAUUUUACAGGGUCAUCUUUCUGCUGUUCUUCAAAAAGAGGAAAAAGUUUUAGCAAUUCAUGGUAAAGAGGAGUCAGUAGAAGUGCCUGUUAUUAGUGCUUCAACUCAGAUAAUGCUUAAAGGACUUUUUAUGGUACUUGACUAUCUUUUUAGACAAAAUAGCAGAUUUGCAGAUGAUUAUAAAGUUGCGAUUCAGCAGACUUACUCUUGGAUAAAUAUGAGUGAUACAUUAGAUAAAAAUGGGUUUUUUGCUCUCCCGAAAAAUAAGAAGCGUUCACGACAGAAAACUGCAGUUCAUGUCCUAAAUUUUUGGUGUUUAAAUCCGGCUGUGGCCUUUUCAGAUAUUAAUGACAAAGUUCGGACAAUUGUUUUGACAUCUGGAACAUUAUCACCAAUGAAAUCCUUCUCUUCAGAACUUGGUGUUACAUUUACUAUCCAACUGGAGGCUAAUCAUGUCAUUAAUAAUUCACAGGUUUGGGUUGGCACCAUUGGGUCAGGCCCCAAGGGUCGAGCUCUCUGUGCUACCUUCCAGCAUACAGAAACAUUUGAGUUCCAGGAUGAAGUAGGAGCACUUCUGCUAUCUGUAUGCCAGACUAUAAGUCAAGGAAUUUUGUGCUUCUUGCCAUCUUACAAGUUACUAGAAAAGCUAAAAGAACGUUGGCUUUAUACUGGUUUAUGGCACGAUCUGGAAUUGGUGAAGACAGUCAUUGUAGAACCACAAGGAGGAGAAAAAACUGAUUUUGAUGAAUUACUACAGGUGUAUUAUGAUGCAAUCAGGUGCAAAGGAGAGAAAGAUGGAGCCCUCCUGGUAGCAGUCUGUCGUGGUAAAGUAAGUGAAGGUCUGGAUUUUUCAGAUGACAAUGCCCGUGCUGUCAUAACAAUAGGAAUUCCUUUCCCAAAUGUGAAAGAUCUACAGGUUGAACUAAAGCGACGAUAUAAUGACCAGCAUUCAAAAUUAAGAGGUCUUUUACCUGGCCGUCAGUGGUAUGAAAUUCAAGCAUAUAGGGCCUUGAACCAGGCCCUAGGUAGAUGUAUUCGACACAAAAAUGAUUGGGGAGCUCUUAUUCUAGUGGAUGACCGCUUCAGGAGCAACCCAAACCGAUAUAUAUCUGGACUUUCCAAAUGGGUACGGCAACAGAUUCAGCACCACUCUACCUUUCAAAGUGCAUUAGAGUCUUUGACUGAAUUUUCCAAAAAGCACCAAAAAGUCACUGAUGUGCCCAAAGAGGACAGUAAAUCUGUACAGGACAAUGCAUACACAGAUGGAGUGGCCUGUUCAAAGGACAGUGUCUCAGCAUAUGACCCAGAAGCAGCAAAUCAUCUAUCACCAGAAAAUUCUAGAAAAAGUGGAGCAAAAUCAUGUGUCCAAGAACUACAGUGUACUAAAAUGAUAAUUAAAAGUCCAUCUUCACUAAGUGACAGCAUCUCUACAAAGAAGAAAAAUGAUCCAGUAAUUAUGGAAGAAUCUACUCAGGCAGUAAAAACAGAAAAAAUUGUGAUUUCCAGAUCCACAAGCCCAACAUUCAACAAACAGACACAAAGAGUUAGCAGGCCUAGCUUUAAUUCUUUGGACUGUUGUCUGACUGGCAAAAUCCAGACUGCAACCCCUCAAUUCAGGUUAUCAGAGGACUGUGCCUCUAGUUCUUCGACUUUUAAGACAGAGAAGCUGUGUGAAACGGUUUUGCCACUCAGUGAUAAAUGUGAAGCCUCAUCUUUGGCAGUAAACAAAUCAUUUGAACCUAGCAUUCAGUCAAAAACUAUUGUCCCAUCAACAAAAACUGAUUCUACUCUUAAAAAAAAUCAUUCUGAACAAUUGCUCUGCUGUGAAGAAGGCUUGAAUCCAGAUAAUGAAUCGUCUCUCACAAAUGAAGAAGUUAAACUUUCUCCUUCAAAUAGAGAUUCUGAAACUGAAGUAGAAGAUGAAUCUAUCUAUUUUACACCUGAACUUUAUGAUCCUAUAGAUAUAAAUGAUGAAAAAAAUGAACUGGUUGAAACUGAUCGAGACAGUAGAUUGACUCAUAAUUCAAAUUGCGUGUUAGCUGAAAAUCUUUUUGAAAUCAGAACUACAGAAGUGGAUUCAGCCAAAGAAGUGAAAGUUAGGGAUUCUGUAGACACAAAUUUGAAUACACUCAUGCAUGUAAAAGAAAGGAAAAUCAGUGAUGUUAGUGGUGAUGUGAAAACAACUUGCAUGAAUGAAUUGGAACUUGAAAAAACUCAUGAAGCUCCUGUAAAUGAAGGGCUGAAAGUCUAUAGAACAUACAGGUCACAAGUCAAAAAAACUACCUGUUGGAAAGAAGGCUUUAUUCAUGGACAAAAGAGUACUGUUCAGCUCUGACUUAUGGUGGGUAUUGAACAUGGGACUUUAGGGCCUCAGGCAUGAGAGUCUUUUGGCACAACCAUUAUGUUAUCUCCCGUGCUCCAAGGAGGUUUACUUAUUUACUUAAUGUGUGUGGGGGGGAUACUCAGAGUACCUACCACUCAUGCUCUUUCUAACCUCAGAUUUAUGAACGAGUUCUGUAAGAUUUUACUUUAACUUUUAUGAACUUCUUAUAAAUAUUUGUUAACAUAGACAAAUGCAAUCAACCUUUUAUUUUAUUUUUUAAAUUUAUUUAUUGGGGGAUUAAUGUUUUACAGUUGAUAGUAAAUACGUUUGUACAUGCAUAACAUUUCUCAGUUUUCCACAUAACAAUACAAGCCCCACUAGAUCCUCUGUGCAAUCAAUCUUUUAUAAAUGAGGUAAUACUAAUACUGAAUCUUUAGUAAUCAAAACUACAUAAGACAAAGGAUGUCUAAGGAAGCAAAAACUGUAUCAUAAGCAUCUGGGGCCUGAAGAGGUGACUCAGCAGUAACAAACAGAACUUACAUGUGUAAAGUCCUAAGUUCAGUGUCUGUGCCACAGGUGCCAACAUAGUACUCUGGUUAUUUUCCUUUCUCUUAAUAAAUAAAGUAAUAAAGAAGUGUUAAAACAUA